CUGUCUGUGUUCUGCAGGUCUCCUGAGAUGGCUCGUAUGUCUGUUUUCAGGUUCUCAGCUCUGGCUCUGCUGCUGUCUGCCUGCUGUUGGGCUGACAAUGAGGUAAGAUCACAGUGUGAUGUCUGGCUCACACUUCUAGAUGCUAUACACUGCAUUUUUAAACUUGACUGUCACAGUCAUAGACACGAAAGGUCUCCUGUGUCACAUGUGAAGCCUGAAAUAUUCUCCACAUUACAUUCUCCACAGAUUCCGUUAGAACCCUUCCGAGCUUUUCUUCACACCUGAGUUUUUAAGCAUCAUGGUGACAAUUCUUAUUCUCAUUUCUCACAGAUGACGACUUGAUGAAGGUUUCCCCUUCAACUUUAGGUUCUUCAAUGCAGAAAGUGCAUCUCGUUAUUUUCUGUAACUGGUCUGAACAGAUGUUUUUUUGGCUGACGACAUCUCUAAACUGUGAUGUCAUGUCAUUUGUUUCUAUGAAUUUCUAAUAAAUUUGUUUCUCUCCCCUAAUCUCUCCUUGAAGCUGAAGACAGGUACGUAAUCUGUUCUACCCAUCAGACCAACUGUAUUGGAAUGCUUAGUUCUAUGACUGGUGUGCUUGUUAUGCAAUGAAGUGACAUUAUGCUGUUGUCCAUGUCACUGAGCAGAGGAUGGUGCGGAGAAGCUUUCUGUCUCUGAACUUCUGGAGAGAGCCAACAGUAAUUUGAUCCGUUCUGAUGACUGAGAGAAGACUGAGAGAAAUGCUGACCCUUGCACCAGCCGAGGUUUCAUGUGGGGCAAGUGGAUUGAUGGGAAGGUCUACAUUCCUUAUUACAUCUCCAACCAGUUUUCCUCUCGUGAAAAGGCCAUCAUCACUAGGGGACUGGAGUCCUUCUCUUCCUUCUCCUGCAUCCGCUUCAGGCCCAGCAGAAGCAGCGAUCAUGACUGGCUGAGCAUUGAGUCCAAGGAUGGCUGCUACUCUUACGUUGGAUGUCGUGGUGGUAAGCAGGUGGUGUCCCUGGCCCGUCGUGGAUGCCUUUACCACGGCACCGUCCAACAUGAGCUGCUCCACGUUCUGGGCUUCAAUCAUGAACAGACCCGCUCUGACAGAGAUAACCACAUCAAAGUCAUGCUGCAAAACGUUCAGUCUGGAAUGGAGCACAACUUCAGGAAGAUUGCCACCCUCAACCAGGGCACUCCCUACGAUUACAACUCUGUCAUGCAGUACCACAAGUACGCCUUCUCCAAGAACAACAAGCCCACCAUGGUUCCCAUUCCUAACUCUGUCUCCUUUGGCAACGCUAAAGAAAUGAGCCGUAACGACAUUGCCAGACUCAACAAUCUCUACAAGUGCUUCUUUGCUGCUGCUGCUUCCGCUACUGCUGCUGCUUCUUCUUGUAGUGUAGUGGUGGCACAAGCGGGACAGUAG